CAUAAACGUGACUGUCCCUUCUGGCCUCAGAAUCUAUGAAAUAAAAGCCUGGAGGUAAAAUAUGUAGAGGGAGGAUAUGCUUUCUUCCCCACUCUGUGCUCACGAGCAUUGGUUUUGUUUUGGCUUUCUUUAGGCUGCUGCAAAUCCUUGUGUUUGGGACUUGACUUAGAGCUGCCUUUUCUAGUGAAGGACAGUUGUCUUCAGCAUAGUCAUGAAAAGUUAUGACUUCUCUUGUGAGAGGGAAGCAGUAGUCAGAGCAGUCAACAGGCUUUCUAGGUUUUAUACAAUUCCCAGCUUCGCUUUGAGCCUAUGCAUCCCACCAUCUGAGCUAAUUAGGUAGAAAAUAUUCUUGUGGCCACAGCUAGAAACAUAACAUAUAAAACACGUCCAGUGCUGUUGUAUGGUGGGAAUAUAGAAAGCUGUGGGACAGCAUGUAUUGUGCUGUAAGUAGUAGUUUUCGGCAAUUUAUCCAUUAUUGCAGAUAGCACUUCACAAAGCACGCUCCCUGCUGCAACUCCACAGAGUUGCUUGGAGCAUAGUACCGUGAAUAAUAGUACAUGUAACAUUAUCAAAAGGCUACUGUGAUAAGCCAGAAAAAUGAGGGGUGGUCAGUGAAACAGAAGGAAAAUUUUUGCGUAAGUGGGAGUGGGGAGCUUGAGUGAAAUGAAUAAGAAGUGAAGGGUCCUGCCAAGCUAAGACAUAAUGCUAGAACUGCAAAAGGACGGUGGUAGAGUCCAAACAGCUAUCCUAAUAGAGUCAGAGCACAGCACUUGGCUUAAGGAAAAGCUCUUGACUCUCCAGAGUAUUUACUGAGGAAACUAGUGUUAUGACUGCAGCCAAAUCCCUUCUGGUGAGAGAAAGCUGGGGGUUUAUAACUGUGUAAAGCCAUGCUUGUAGCUGCAGCCUACUCACUCAUCCAUACUAUAUGUGGCCUACAAGGCCUCACUUAGUGCUACUCAGACUAGAGGCUAAGGUGCUGGUGGAGCUGGAAGGGGAACUAUGUAACAAUAAGGGAGAAGAGUCAUGACCUAAUGCUGGUUGGACCAGUGAGAGAUGGUUUUGCAUUACCUUGAAAUAUUUCAAGUUCUGUGGGAAAUGUACAUUUUUUCUCCACUGGUGAGCAUGAACCCAAAGUUGUCCAGGGCUCAAGUGUCUUCAAAGCCCUAGUAGACACUGGUAGAUCCCACUGGAGGAACAGACCAACUUUCUUCACAACAACUAACUUUGAAAUGCUUUGGGAUCGCUACUGACCCUGACACAUUCUAGCAUGAAUUAGCAGAGCAAGUCCCAGUGCAGUGAUCUGGUCAACUCUAAUUUACAGAUGUGCAGAAGAGGAGCAGCCAGAGAACACUUUUAGCUUUACCUGAGCUUCUGUCUUGAAAUCAACAAAGAAAAAAUAUAAACUAUAACUAAAUACCCUCCUGCAGCAGUGGUUCUCAAACCGAUACAUGGAGAAUUUGCUGGUGCUCCACAGGGAACUACCUGGUCACAUACUGCCAACUUCCCCCCUAGUGCUAAAUUGCAUUAAAAUCACCUAAAUAUUUUCAUAAUAUAAUUUUGUAUGCCAGCAACUGCUGUAGUUAUUGCAAGCAGAAGAUGUAAUGGCAAAGAGAAGGUGUGCACAAGACAAUCUCUACUACAAUGUUCACUCUCCAAAAAAGGUUGAGAGAUCCCAUCAUAGAUUAAAGGGUUUAAUGAGGAGUAAUUGGAGCUGAAGCAAGUGAGGAAGAAUAGCCUGACUUCAGAAAUCCAAAACAGUUCCCUCAGGAGAGAGAUUCUGAGCGUCCCAAUUCCUAAGCCACUGGAUUUUCUGUGGAUCACAAAUACCUUUUCCAUUGAGUGGUAUCUACCUUUGUAGCUAAAUGUAACCACAUUCAUUCCCAGUGGCAGCCCUAGGGCCAUGCAUAAGGCCCUGUGCUACAUGCUCAGACCCAAACCAUCAGCCAGAGCAUUAGCUCUGAGCCUCAGAACAAAAGUCUAACUGAUUCUGAUGGCAGCAUCUACAGCAGAGUGGAAUCCUCCAUCUUCCUGCUAAGAAAGUUCUACUUCCUGUCUUCCUAAUCUAGAGGAGAGAGGGUUUAUUUUUUUUCCAGAGGCCACAUAGCCUUAGCCUGAGUGGGACUGUAAAUGAGGAAAGGGGCUGUCAGGGGUGCACAGGGGUAGAGACCUGGUAAUAGCUGGGGAGGGAUCUAGGUGGGAUUUUGUAUAAAUAAUACAAAACUGAAGGCUGGUUUUGUUUAUUGUGAUGCAGAAGUCAGUCACACAAGUGGGCAGUGAGUUAGCUGAAGGCUGAUUGGCUUUUGUCUUUGUUGUCUGACAGAUCAUUGUACUAAACUUUCCCUCCAUGAGUGUUUCUACUGGAAAGAAAGAAUGACCUUUCCUUUGUCAGCCUGUAUAUCUUGGAUGCUGUUGUCCUGCUGUGGAGCCUAUACAGACUGCCAGCCCCAUCGUGCUGUGACAUUUCAAGAUUGUUUUGAAAAUUCCAAACUCAAACCGGUGAGGACUCUUACCUGGCAUGGCACUCCUGCUCCAGCUGCAACUCAGAGCCUGGCUGUGGACAGCACUGGUCCUCUGUGUGUUUGCUGGAUCCUGGAAACAGACAGAUGGGCAACUUCACACGGAGGACCAUGCUGAUGUGAAUGUGUUUCAUAACAAGCUGGAGGAUGCCAACGUCAUGCUAGAGUUGCUCUGGGAAGGACUGGAGAUUGAGGCUAACGAGACAAUCAGGCUGCAGGAUGAGGAACUGGCCUCUCUGCGCUCAGCAAAGCGAUUUCUCCAGAUCUUCCAGCACCAGGUUCCCAAGACAUCAGAAGGGAUCAAGGAGCAGCUGAAACAUCUUUCACAGGCAGAUGCCCCUCUGAGUCCAGUAGAAUUCGAUCAGCUUCUCUUCACCAGCGUUUACUGCGCAUAUCAGAUUCGCUCCAUUCAGGGCCUGGACAAAAAUCUCUGGAUCAGUUUCUUUUCUCAACUAGUUGAUGAAAUCCUCCAUGAUCUCUGCAAGGGAUUCUGCCCUGCAAAUUUCACUCUCCUGGCUUCCUGGCCCUGGAAGGAGAAGCCUUUUUAUUUAACCUCACUGAAAAAGUCAUAUCAUUCCAACCUGGCCAUGAUGAAGAGAGGCACUGAGUAAGGAGACUGACAUGAUGAGAUUCAAUUGCAUUCUUGUUAUUCUGAAUGCUGCCAGUUAUCCCAGAUUAUGCUGGUUACUGUGCAAAAGUGCCACCAUUCUUCCUCUUUUGCUUUCUGUAUUAUACUGGCAACAUUCCAGGCAUUUAUCCAACCAGCUACUGUCCCAUCUUUAAAUGUGAAACAAGGCCUGGGAUGUCUCCCUAGGAUCUCCAUAGAAAACACACUUCUGAGAUGCACUUCUGCCUUGAUCACUGAUGGCCAUUAGAGAUGUCACAGCACUUUUUCCAGAUAUUAGCCUGUAAUGGCUGAAUUCCAUCUCAGGUAAUUCCAUUUUGCCUCCCUAAAUUCCCAGUUGGAUACAGUAUUUUCCCCUUACUACAGUAACUCACUGUACAGCAUAGCUAUGCUGUUCAUACAGUUGCUGUGUUCCACUUUACAGGUGGCUACACUCUGUGGUGAUUCAUAUUAAGUUCUGACUCAUUUUAUCUGUCAUCCCAUACCAGGUGCCUGGAACAGUUUCCCAAGUAAUAUGCACCCAUUUCCUUCGAAAAACUCCUGCAAAUGUACUGAAUUCCAUGAACCCUUCUGGUAUAGAUAUCAUUCCCCACUUUGUAUUAGUACAGAAUGGGUAUUUGCUUGUCUCUCAUCUAUUAAACUUUUGAGGGCAGGGAUCCAGUUAUUUGUUCAGCAGAUUUUACCUCUUCUAGAGAGUCUUCUUCUACAUCUGUGGUACUUUACAAAUGAAGUAAUUGGAACAGUACUGUAUAUGUGCAAUCAUGAUUUUUAUAAUCAGGAAUUUAAUCAAUGUAGAGCUCAAUGAUGCUUCUUUGUCAUACUCCCUGCAGCAUGGUAUUAGCGACAUAAAUUCAGUUAGUCCAGGUGAGUUUUAUUUGGUAUUGGUUUCUUCGUUUGUGCUGGCCCUCCCAUUUACACUGUAGAUGCACUAAUCCUGAGCCUCUACAGCCUGCGCUUUGAUGGUUAGGGUCAUACUCCCCACACAGUUUUACUAGACUCACAACUUCCACAGAGGAGCCACUUUCAGAAAUGCAUGCAGAAAAUGACAUUCCCAACAGCAACAAUUAACUUUGAACCUAGUUUAUAUUUUUCUCUCUCAUUAUCUGACAGAUGGAGAUGAGAAGCAGUAACCCAAUAAUGCCAGGCCCAGAAGCAAGAUGUAGGUUUUGGGGCAUGGAGAAUGAUUUUAAAGGUCAGAGUUAACAAUUUUACAGGAGAACAGGGAGUUUGCAAGUCAUAGAUCUUGCAAAGAGUGUAGAAAUUGGGACCAGUGUCUUAUUUGCAUUCCAACUCCUGGAAACUGGAAAUAAAAUAUAAAUACUGCCUCAUGCUAUAAUCCUACACUUCUUUGUAGACCCCUAAUCCCAAACCUUCACCCAUUUAUGCAAGUCACUUAGUCUUGUAGGGGUAAGAUUUCCAUGGAGGUCUUGCAAAUGAAUAUAGAUUGAGGUAGAGAAAUUGAAAUGAACAUAAGGCUGGGUUUGGGUUUCACAAGAGGGUGAAAGAUUUGAGACUACAAUAUUGCUAAGGUUUAAGUAAGGACCCUAGGUGAGGUGCAGCUUUCUUGGUUGAGACUAUGGCAUUUGAUAUGAGGACCUCAGAUAAGGAGGUACUGUCUGGGAUUAGAGUUUUCAUGGGUGGUUAGGUUAGAGGCUUUGUCUUCUUUUGAACAAAGGCUGUGAAUGAAGCCAAGCUGAUGGCAAGUUUCAGCCAAAGUUUAGGCUGAGACCUAUAAAACCUUAUUGAAUUUGGGAUCCAAGCCAACAUUUGAACACAGAUCUCACACAAGACAUUAAUCCCAUAGCUCUGAGAAGCCCCCUAAUAUCCAUUGCUCCACUGAACUCUUGGGUUCCCACCACCUCUCAUACUAAUGUGCUGCCACUGCCCCCAAUCCUCUGCAAUCUUAGUGCCACCCACACUGGUCCCUCUAUAACAGGAGUGGGGCUCACUGGGACACAGUGUGGAGCAAAGGCAAGGACUAUGAGAGCAUGGACAUUGAAAUCACCUCUUAUACCUUAGAAGUAUGGUGGUGGCUUCCCCCUAAGGCAGGGUUAGGUAGAGCAACAAGGAAACAAAAUGUUGUGUUAUGAAGUCUAGUCACACUAUAACGUUAAGAGUGCCCAUUUCUUGGCAAUGGUAGAGUUCAAUACAGGCAGUAUCGGCAUACACAUUCAGACCACUGCCAUCCCCAAAUGUUCAAAAAUCAUGAGCCAGGCACCCACAAAAUCAAAAGAUUUUAAAAAAUAAUACACAUUUUGAGUUAUUUUUAUUUGCCUUCUUGUUUAGGAGCCUUUAGGGUAUGCUUGAUUCAUGUUUUCAAA